AUGGCGAAAAAUUCAUUUAGAAUUUUCCCCGCCAUUUUCGUCAUAAUGUCCGCCAUCUUGGUAUCCAUUAUUACGUCACCAUCCCCAAGCAUCCAAAGCGGUAAGUUUAAAAAGAUCACAAAGAACAAUAAUUCCGAUUCGAUCUGCGUUAUGAAUGUAUUUGGUAAUAUCGUAGGCACCGACGCCGGAUUGGACCUCCUGAAUUUGAUUAGGUGUUCGGCGAUGUGCUCCAGGGAUGUGACGUGCGUGGGGUAUAAUUAUGUUAAGAGUCAGGCCGGGGUAAAUUUAGGGAUGUGCAAGUUGGUUUUCAGUUCGGAUCUUCUUGGUUUCGGCGGAUUGUAUUAUUCGAGAUUAUCCGGAUGUUUUUUUUAUCAGAGGUUGAAUAAAGUUAUAAAGUUGGUCGACCAAGCUCCAAUGUCUGGCUCACUAACUCCCUACCACUACAUCGUGUCGCUGACCACAGGGGACGAUGUGGACGCGGCCACAGACUGUGACGUCAAAAUUUCUAUGUCUACGUUACCUGAUUUAUACCCUAUAUUUUUUUUUUCGCUGAAUCAAAAUGUUGAAGGUCAAGGUCAGGCGGGUUUGUUUGGGAGAGGUCAGACCGAUGUUUUUGAUGUGACCUCUUAUUACUAUAACAAUUUUCCUGAUUUUAUAAAAAAAAAAAUAAUACACUCGUCUAUGCGAGUCUGGCACGAGACAAUCCUAGUUCUUCCUAUCCUGAUCGCCAGUGCAUUCACACGGAUUGGACACUGUUGUCUAUCAGUCUGUCUACACGUCUGUCUGUAUGUAUUUGCACGUCUGUCCGUAUGUCUAGACAACUCAGUCGAUGUCUGCAAUAUGUCUAUCUACAUACCUGAAUGUAUGUCUGCAAACAUCUGUGUCUGUGUUUAG